ACAGCAACAAAGAAAUGUGACAGUGUCAAACGAGGGAACUACAGAUUUGGAGCAUGCAACAACCGCAAAUCGACAGGAAGAUGAUGGAGACAGAGUUUGUGGAGAGUCAACUCCUGCUAAAAAGAGAAAGGUACGAGCCCUACAAGAUGAGCAUAGAAAAUUUCAAGAAAAGUGGACAGAAGAAUUUUUAUUUGUGCUCCACGGAUCAAACCCUUUGUGUUUACUAUGCAAACAAACCCGCUCUGGUUUGAAGCGAAGUAAUUUGGAGUGGCAUUUCCAAACGAUGCACCCAAAAUUCAACGAAAGUUAUCCACCUGGAAGUGAAAUAAGGAAAAGAAAAAUAGAGCAGCUUUCUUCCUCUCUUUCUGGACAACAAAGGCUCAUACACAGGACAACUUCUACAGCUGAACGUUUAACUGAGGCAUCUUUUGAGAUCGCUUGGAUUUUGGCUCGCGGAAAAAAACCCUUCUCAGACUCAGAAAUUGUGAAAGAUUGCUUUUUGGCUUCAGCAGAAAUAUUGUUUGCUGAGUUUGAUAACAAGGACGCAAUUGUAAAGCAAAUUAAAGGAUUACAAUUAUCCGAUUCCACCACAAUGAGGCGGAUUGAAAACAUCGGCAAAGAUGUGAGUGACCAGCUCUGUGCAGAUGUGUCAGCAGCACCGUGUUUCAGCAUCGCGGUGGAUGAAAGCACCGAUUUGACAGAUGUUGCUCAGUUGUGUGUUUGGGUAAGGUUCCCUAAAGAAAAGUCUUUCCAAGAAGAAAUGCUGUGCUUACUUCCACUUGUUGGCCAAACGAGAGGUGAGGACAUUCUGAAUGCACUUCUGGCAUUUUUUGAUAAAAAAAAUCUCAGUUGGUCGGGUCUAGCAAGUGUGUGCACAGAUGGCGCCCCUAGCAUGCGAGGAAAGGAGAAGGGGCUUGUUGGGCUCAUGAAAAAAAGGGAAGAAAUACCAAACUUUAUCAGUUUCCACUGCAUCAUCCAUCAGGAGUCACUGGUAUCAAAACUGAGAAAUAACACAUUCCAAAACGUGAUGCAAACAGUUGUUCGUGUGGUAAACUUCAUCAUCUCCAGAGCGCUGAACCACAGACAGUUCCGACAACUCAUUGAGGACUAUGACACAGAGUAUGGUGAUUUACUGAUGCACAGUGAAGUGAGAUGGUUGUCCCGUGGAAAAGUGCUUGAACGGUUUCUGAGCCUCCUCCCUGAGAUUUGCACUUUCCUGGACAACAAAGGAAAACGGGAGCCAGAGCUGGAAGACCCAUGCUGGAUCACACAGCUGGCUUUUCUUACUGACAUCACCUGUCACCUGAACACUCUUAACUUGAAGCUUCAAGGAAGAGAUAAGCUUCCAAGCAACAUGCUGAAUGCAAUCAGAGCAUUUCAGAACAAAAUAACUGCCCUAUACAUACCUGACAGAGAAUUCAUUCACUUCCCCAAACUCAGAGCUGUCACCACAAAUGACCCAUCUCUGCAGCAGCACUUCAGCCACAGAGAAUUUGUGAAUGUUUUGGAAGAGCUGAGCGGGGAAUUUGAAUCCAGAUUCAAGGAUGUGAAUGAGCACAAGGAGAUUUUCAACUUUAUUGAAAACCCCUUCCAUGUGGAUGUGUCAUCUCUCACUCCAACUAUCACUCUGCUCUGCCCUACUCAGCGUGCUGCUGUAGAAAGUGAAAUGGUAGAACUGCAGACAAAAGACAAUUUCAAAUUGGAACUCAGAUCAGGUGUUGGUCACUUCUGGAGUUUGGUGUCUGAAGAAGACUUUCCCACUUUGAAGCCACUUGUGCAAAAAGUUAUGUCCUUCUUUGUGAGCACAUACACUUGUGAGUCAACAUUCUCAACCAUGAACACCAUAAAGAGGAAACAGAGAAGCCGCCUCACCAAUGAACAUCUUGAAUGCCUCACAAGGAUUGCAACAACAAGCUACAAAUACAACAUGAAAAAAGUCAAGGAAAUGCAUGCAUGCUUCCGCUCAUCCCAGCAUUAAGUAAAAGUGGCUCUCCUAUUGACUUUGUCCUAUCAGUGCGGCUCUCGUGAAAAAAAUAGUGAGUACCCCUGCCAUAGACAUAACAGACU